ACCCCCGCGGCGUGUUCUGAUUAGCCGCUUCUGACGCGUCUCGGGACCACGAUUGGUCCGCCGGGUCCCUGACCUCGCUUCCUCCCCCUUGAGGAGACUACGGCGGCUCCAAGGAGGGGGAGGGGGAAGGAGGGACGGCCGGUCCCGUCAGUCAGGCAGCGGUAGCCGCCGGGAGCGGAUGGCGGCGGCAGUAGCGGCUCCUCUCGCCUCCGGGGGUGAGGAGGCGGCGGCCACGACCUCUGUGCCUGGGUCUCCGGGUCUGCCCGGGAGCCGCAGUGCAGAACGGGCCCUAGAGGAGGCCGUGGCCACCGGAACCCUGAACCUGUCUAACCGGCGCUUGAAGCACUUCCCCCGGGGCGCGGCCCGCAGCUACGACCUGUCAGACAUCACCCAGGCUGACCUGUCCCGGAACCGGUUUCCCGAGGUGCCCGAGGCAGCAUGCCAGCUGGUGUCCCUGGAGGGCCUGAGCCUCUACCACAACUGUCUGAGAUGCCUGAACCCAGCCUUAGGGAAUCUCACAGCCCUCACCUACCUCAACCUCAGCCGAAACCAGCUGUCGUCACUGCCAUCCUACAUCUGCCAGCUGCCCCUGCGGGUGCUCAUUGUUAGCAACAACAAGCUGGGAGCCCUGCCUCCUGACAUUGGCGCCUUGGGAAGCCUGCGACAGCUUGAUGUGAGCAGCAAUGAGUUGCAGUCCCUCCCCGCGGAGCUGUGCAGCCUCUCCUCCCUGCGGGAUCUCAACGUUCGGAGGAACCAGCUCAGCACCUUGCCUGAUGAGCUGGGGGACCUUCCUCUUAUCCGCCUGGAUUUCUCCUGUAACCGUGUCUCCCGCAUCCCGGUCUCCUUCUGCCGCCUCAGGCACCUGCAGGUCAUUCUGCUGGACAGCAACCCCCUGCAGAGCCCGCCUGCCCAGAUCUGCCUGAAGGGGAAACUUCACAUCUUCAAGUACUUGUCAACAGAGGCUGGGCAGCGCAGGUCUGCACUAGGGGACCUGGCCCCUUCUCGGCCCCCGAGUUUCAGUCCCUGCCCUGCUGAGGAUUUAUUUCCGGGACGUCGGUACGAUGGCGGGCUGGACUCGGGCUUCCACAGCGUUGACAGUGGCAGCAAGAGGUGGUCUGGAAAUGAGUCAACAGAUGAAUUUUCGGAGCUAUCAUUCCGGAUCUCAGAGCUGGCCCGGGAGCCUCGGGGGCCCAGAGAAAGGAGGGAGGAUGGCGCUGCUGACGGAGACCCUGAGCAGAUCGACUUCAUUGACAGCCACGUCCCUGGAGAGGACGAAGAGCGAGGUGCUGCUGAGGAGCAGCGGCCACCUGAACUAAGCGCCGUGGCAGGGGAUGGGGAGAGGGCACCAAGCAGCAGGCGGGAGGAGCCAGCAGGGGAGGAACGUCGGCGCCCAGACACCUUGCAGCUAUGGCAGGAGCGGGAGCGGCGGCAGCAGCAGCAGCAGAGUGGGGCGUGGGGCGCCCCCAGGAAGGACAGUUUCCUGAAGCUAGGGACCAGGACUGCUGGGGGAGGACCUGUCGCCUUGUCCACUCAAGCCACCUACAACGGCACACCGAAGUCCAAUGCCACCCAACUGGGAGCCACAGGGGGACAGGGAGCUCCCUCCCCUGCCUCUGCCUCCCAGGAGCCCCUUCCUAUAGCUGGACCAGCGACAGCACCUGCUCCCCGGCCACUCGGCUCCAUUCAGAGACCAAACAGCUUCCUCUUCCGUUCCUCCUCUCAGAGUGGCUCAGGCCCUUCCUCGCCAGACUCCGUCCUGAGGCCUCGGCGAUCCCCCCAGGCUCCGGACGAGAAGGAAUUAAUGGCUCAGCUGCGCCAGGUCCUCGAGUCACAGCUGCAGCGGCCCCUGCCUGAGGACCUGGCUGAGGCUCUGGCCAAUGGGGUCAUCCUCUGUCAGCUGGCCAACCAGCUGCGGCCCCGCGCCGUGCCCUUCAUUCACGUGCCCUCACCUGCCGUGCCAAAACUCAGUGCCCUCAAGUCUCGGAAGAAUGUGGAGAGUUUCUUAGAAGCUUGUCGAAAAAUGGGAGUGCCUGAGGCUGACCUGUGCUCGCCCUCGGAUCUCCUCCAGGGCACCGCCCAGGGGCUGCGGACCAUACUGGAGGCUGUGAAGCGGGUGGGGGGCAAGGCCCCCCCGCCCCUCUGGCCCCCCUCUGGUCUGCGCGGCUUCAUCUUCUUCUACGUGGUCCUCAUGCUGCUGCUCUAUGUCGUCUACACUCGGCUCCUGGGUUCCUAGGACCCGAAGUCACCCCUCCCCUACCCUCCUCCUCCCCACUUUCUAUUUAUAAGACUCCACUCAACCCCACCCCCACCGGUGGUGCCUUCAGCCCCUACCAAAGACACUAGUGUACCCCCUUCACAGACACUGACCUCAGAGGCCCCACUCUGGUGCCCCCAGACCCUGGGCCCCCAGCCUCUGGCCUCCCUCCUCCAGCCCUCAGUGGUCCCCACCCUUGCAGUGCUGAUGGGGCUUUCAUGCUCCGGCCCCUGCCCUUGUUUCCCCAGAGGGGUGCCAGGAGCCUUGACUCUCUCCCUUACUCUGUGACCCCCUCUCUCCCCACCCUCCCCCCCAGCUGCCCUGGGGGGCUAAAUUAUCUCUAUUUUGUAGAGAGAACUCUAUAUUUGUAGUGAUGCGGGGCCCAGGCUGGGUUCCUGUCUCUAUGUAUAAACUGUACAGACUGGC